GUUUGACUAAUGUGAAAAAUGUCAUUCAUUGUAUAUUUUUGAAAACUCAAUCAUUGAAAAGGAAUGGGGAAAGUUUGCCAAGAGGAUUUUGAAUCUGGUUUAAAAUUUGAUACAGAAGAAUUUCAUAGAGAAGUCCAAACUUUUAAAAAGCCUAGAUUCAUUGAAAAAUGGGGAAAAAACAGAUUUUUUAAACUUAUGCGUGGUAUUGCUUCCUUCAUUUUGGUAAUAUUUAUGCUGUCUAUCUACAUUAUAAUUCCUGUUUCAAAUCAUGACAGUGAUAUGUUGCAUAGGAGUAAAUCAAUUGGGAUCAUCUCAGACUCAUAUGGUGCAGGACAUUCUGUAAUUGAAUUUAAGACCAACUGUUUUCCACAGAGUGAACAAUAUUCUAGAAAAAGGAGGGAUCUCAAUUUUUCGGCUCAGUCACUCCCACUUGAUCUCUUAAAAAUGAAUGGAACUGACGAAGUGAUUGUUUGGAAGGAAACUAAUACUUAUCAACCUCUCAAUCAAUCAAAGAAUUUCAGGCCAUUGAUUAAAAAAAAAGAAGAUGCUUGGUCCCCAGUUAGACGAAUUGGACAUCCAGAUCUGAGAGAUAAAAUUGAAUCUGUGUUAAAGAGAAUUGAUAACAGAGCUAAAAAUGACCUAGGUAUAGAGAAACAGGAUCGGACAGAAAUUGAACUAGGGAGUUUGAAAGAAGAAAAAAAAAAGUGUGAUUUGAUAUCAGAUGAGAGCCCUGGUGUUCAAUAUGCAUUCUGGAAGGGAGAAGGAGAUAUGAAAACCAUCAGAAUUAAUCAAGGUAAAUUAAUGAAACAGUACAUGGACACAUGUGUAGAUCCUUGCCAAGAUUUUUACCAGCAUGCUUGUGGACGUUGGAGUAAGUUAAACCCCAUCCCUAGAGACAAAGGUGCAUUUGACACUUUUGAAAUGCUAAGAGAAUCACUGGACACUGUUCUAAAGGAGUUGCUAGAAGAGCAGGAUUCACCUGACGAUGUCCAUGCUUAUGUCAAAGCCAGAAACUUGUAUAGAUCAUGUGUCAAUUAUGAUAUUGUUGAAAAACGAGGUUCAUCCCCUCUUUUGAAUCUACUGAAACAGCUUGGUGAAUGGCCAAUGAUAACUACAUCUUGGAAUGAAACUAAAUUUGAUUGGCUUUGGCUGAUGGCUAACCUGAGGUUAUUUAACAAUGAUGUUCUGGUUUCAGAAUGGGUUGGUCCUGAUAUAAAAAAUUCUGAUGAGUAUGUUAUACAUCUAGACCAAACCAGCCUUGGACUUCCUACUCGAGACUAUUAUCUGCAACCUGCAAAUCUCAUGUAUCUCCAAGCCUAUACUGAGUACUUGACUAGAGUAGCUACACUGCUAGGAGCUUCUGUAGAAAAUGUUACAAAGGAUGCCCAUGAAACUAUCAAUUUUGAAACUAGCCUGGCAAAGAUUACUUCUUCUCCAGAUGAAAGAAGGAAUGUAAGUGAACUUUACCAAAGGAUGACAGUUGGAGAAUUGCGGAAUUAUGUCCCCCAAAUAGAUUGGACUCGCUAUUUGUCAAUUGUACUUGGUAGACCAGUCAAUAUAUCAGAAAAUGUAGUAGUAUUUGCUUUGAGAUAUCUUGAAGAUCUGGUUUCUCUUCUUGGCAGGACUCCUUCAAGGACAGUAGCAAACUACCUGUUCUGGAGAUUCAUCCGUCACCGAGUGAACAAUCUUGAUGACCGUUUCCAAGAUGCUAAACAAAAAUUUUAUUUUAUAUUGUUUGGGAGGGAAGAGUCGCCACCUCGUUGGAAGUCUUGUGUGGCCCAAGUCAAUAGCAACAUGGGUAUGGCUAUGGGUGCAAUGUUUGUCAGAAAAUUUUUUGACGAGUAUAGCAAAAAUGAUAUUUAUUUUGUAGACUUUGAUAAUGACAAGAGAAAUUCAACAAUCGUUCCGUGAAAUUUUAAAU